CCGCUUCUCUUCUUUUCCUGCUUAUAAUGUAUACGUUACUAAGGGGAUUAUACCAACACAUUACUCGUAAAGAAGAAUACUAUGUUCUCAUUAUUGGUCUGGACAAUGCAGGAAAAACGACUUUGCUGGAACGCAUAAAAUCAACUUUUUUGGGUGUAGCUGGUCUUGCACCUGAAAAGAUUGCACCUACUGUCGGCUUAAACAUUGGCAGAGUGGAUAUCAAAUCAUCGCGCAUCAACUUUUGGGAUCUGGGAGGACAACGGGAUCUCCAGUCGAUUUGGGAACGUUAUUAUACAGAGUGUCAUGGGAUCGUAUUUGUCGUGGAUUCAACCGAUAGCAAGCGGCUAGAAGAAUGCAAGGACACGUUUGAAAAGAUGAUUACCAAUGAAGAAGUUGAAGGCGUGCCCAUUCUGAUGCUUGCAAAUAAGCAAGAUGUCUCUGGAGCGUUGCGUGUGGAGGAAAUCAAAGAGGUGUUUAACAAGAUUGCUGUAAAGCUUGGUGCACGUGAUUCGCGAGUACUGCCUGUCAGUGCUUUAAAAGGAGAAGGCGUCCGAGACGCUGUGGAUUGGCUCGUUUUGAGAUUGCAUAGGAACAAAAACAACCGACCUCCCAUAUACCGCUAGUUAUCCUUCUCGCGCCAAAAAAUUAUUGUAGAUAACACCACUAGUAGACCACCAAUAUGUACCUCUUUACGUCAAAUAACCAACUUCCGUAGCAUAAUCAAACAGAUCUUCCUUAUUCACCACACCAUAUUCCAACAGUCCACCAUAUGAUAUUAGAAGAGCAAAACUUUGUUUUUAAUUCUCUUAG